ACAGACUUGUUUCUUUGUACUUAUACUGUAAUUCUUGUCAUGGAGGUUUUUCAAACCAGCAUUCUUCACCUGAAUCUGUGCAUCAUCUUUACUCUACUAACUCAAGAAGGACUUUCCAGCUCCUUUCAUGAGCACAUCAACAAAACAGCCUUUGAAGGAGAAACUGUCACAUUAAAAUGCAACAAUACUGCGGAUGGAGACGACAUUACAUGGAAAAAAAACAAUGUUGUGAUUUUUACGGAAGAUUUAUUUAAUAACAGAACUAUGAAAAACUUCACCUCAAAAAGAAUGUUUAUUGAAAAAUCAACAGAACUGAAAAUAAAACAAAUACAAGUAUCUGAUGCAGGCAUCUAUUACUGUCAAAAUACUAAAGGACUAAUACGGUGGAUAUUAACAGUAUCAGAAAACAGACCGGAGCCUACCAAACAAAUAUCACUCUACAUUAUCAGCUCAUGUACUGGAUUUAUUAUGGUCGGUUUUAUAAUCAGCCUCAGCAUCUGGAUUCACAGAAAACAGAAAAACAGUGAAGAUGCAGCUCACAGAGAAACAAUGGAGGACGUUACACCAGCCAGAGGAAAAGUACAGACUCACAACAGUCAAUACUUUGAGAGGUACAACUCAAUGUAUGGAGAAAUAUCACACUGAAAAGUGCAGAUCCAUCCAUUCUUCGAAUCCACUUAUCAUCUGCAGGAUCACAGGAGGGCUGUAGCCUAUCCCAGCAUUUUGGGCUACUGGCAGUGUACAUCCUGGAGAGGGGGCAGUGUGGCACUCUCACACACAGUGUCACAACCAAGGACAAUUUAGAAACUCCAAUUGACUCAAAUUACUGUGUGAGAAAAUCGGAGACACAAGGCAAACUUCACCUAGAAAGACCUCUUCCUGUGAAACCUUCUUGCUGUGAGGCAACAGCGCUACCCAUUGAGCCACUGUGCUACCCAUACAUGAAGAUGUAAAAAUAAUAUGAUAUGAGGCACGACUAGGUUUAUUUUGCUUUGGUUAUUUGAUUAACAUAGGUAUAGGUGUAUAAUUUAACACCGCGUCCUAACCAAACGCGACGCUGCGACACGCGAUAAAAGGUAUCUUUCCAUGUUAACCAGAUGUUUUGUCGUAACCAGCCGCGACAGCGCUGCGCGACGAGCAACGGCCGUUUCUAUUUUAGAAACGGUUUCUAUUUCUGCGACGUCACGUUGCCCAUACAACGGUCUUAUUCGAUGUAAAUUCUGCACCUCAUGAAUAUAAAUCGCCAAACAUGGAUGAGGACAGGCUAUAUACGUUUGAUUAGAUACGUUUAGAUUCUAAAAUCAUAGCAUAGCGUCCGUUGAGGCAUCACUGAAGUAGGGUUGUAACGGUAUGAUAAUCGCCCGAGGCAACGACACGGUUUUACGGUUUCACAGUUGGCGGUUUUACAUAAUAAUUCUCAUCAGUAAGAGACUGUUUGACUGUUGGUUGAGCUGGAUCAGAAGCUGCUUUGCAGAGGUAGCUUGAACCUAAAGAAAGAAUUAUGAUAAUAAACUGAAUUACAAAAAAUGAAAAAUAAUUUAUUUAAUAAUUUCUACAGGGAAUACAGUGAGAUUUGAGGGAAUGAAAUGGAUAACAAGAUCUUUAUAAUGUUUUAUUUUUAUUAAAAUGUUGUGUGUAUAAAUUGAAUUAAUAAAACUUUAUUAAUAACAAAAGAGGGGUAAGAUAUUACAAUUUUAAGAAUAGUGUCCUAUAAAAUUUGAUCAGAAACUGGAUUUUUUCCUUCUACAGUAUAUUCUGUUUUAUGAUGAAACACAAAUGCAUUACCAACAAUGGUAAUGCAUUGCAUAUGUAAUGCAUAAUGCAUUGUAUAUGCAAUGCAUAAUGCAUUGCAUAUGUAAUGCAUUGAUAAGUUACUUCAGUAUGUAGAUAAAACGAGCUACACAUAGGCAUGCUGAAAGAAGCAAAUUACAUAUUUAUAUGGCAGUCUUUUCGCGCGUUAAUAUUCACAUAUAAAAAAUGUUUAUCCAUCCAAUCGUGCAUUUUACGUGACAUCCGCUUUAUACUCUACAUUUGAUGUUCACAGCUGUAUCAGUAAGUCUGACUGAGUCAUGGAAAUGAUGCAAUCACAAGUUAUAAAUCCGACAUACCUUUAUCUGCAUGGAGGGAUGGUGUUCGAAUAUGAUCGAACAUGCAUUUAUUUCCUCCUAUUGGAGCCAAUUUGUGGCCAAAUUUUUUACAAAUUGGAUUUUCCUUUUUUCUAUACCCAAAGUAUUCCCAUGCUGCAGAUUUUAACUUCUUUUCGGCGGGGAUGGAGAUCAGAUUUAACGCUCCCAUUUUCUCCGUUGCACGUGAGGAAAAAAGUCGCUCAGGUGAUUUUUUUCCUCUUUUACGUUAAACCGGUAAUAUGCAAUUGUUCAUGGUAUAAUAAUCGUGCAGGUUCAAACCGCGGUAGGUCGUCAUACAGGUAUAUCGUUACAACCCUAAGAAGUCAUGAGAACAGGAGGCAUCUCUCUUUGUGAACUCUUCAGCUGCAGCGUGCAAGGCUGCGUGGACAGGGAAAAACUGUUCUGAUAUGCUGUGUUUUGAGAUUUAGUUGUCGCGUCCCGCCCCCUUUUCGCGUUCGGUAUGAACAAACAAAUUGCUUAUUGCAGGAAUUUCAUCGCAUCGCGUUUGGUUAGGAUACGGCGUAAGACUGUAUAUACUAAAUAUUUUUACUUUUUGCAAAUAAAAUUGUUU